AGGUGUUUCCUAAGGUCUCUCGCUCUUUUUCGCUUCCCACAGUGGCCAGAUGUGUUAGACUGUCCAGGUGAAAAUGAACAUGCAUGGUGCCAGUGGAGGCUGUGACCGAUCCAGAGAUCGACGUCGCUCCAGCGAUCGCUCUCGGGACUCCUCCCACGAGCGUGGCGAAGGCCAGCUCACACCCUGUAUUCGCAACGUGACCUCACCCACACGCCAACACAACAGCGAUCGCGAGGGCGGCUCAUCGCGGCCCAGCAGCCCCAGGCCUCAGAGGAUCUCUCCCAGUAGCAGCAGCAGCAGUGGGGUGGCUAGCAGCCGCAACAGUAGCUUGUCUAGCUCGGAGGGCACAUACAAGAGCAUGGUUCCCGGUGAGAUGGUCUUCGUCUACGAGAAUGUCAAAGAUGGAGCCCGCAGCGUCCGCACAUCAGAGAAGGUCACGCUUAUUGUGGACAACACUCGCUUCGUGGUGGACCCCUCGAUUUUCACAGCACAGCCCAACACCAUGCUGGGCAGGUUAGGAGCAGACCAAUCAUCUGUCAAAGAGUUCUGUCGUCAUUUAAAAUGUCGGUGCAGCAUCUGUAAUGGAAUCUUUUGUGUUGUCUGUCCUUUCUGUAACUGGCAGGAUUACUAUAAAUCUGGGAUAAUCCGUUGUCCUGAUGGAAUCUUCAUUCCCGAGCUGAGGGAAGCGUGCGACUAUCUGUGCAUCUCUUUUGACUACAGUACUAUCAAGUGCCGAGACCUGACGAUUGAGGUGUUCUGCGAGGAGAUGGUGCUUCCUCUGAUGGUGGCAAGCGCUCAGAGCGGAGAGAGGGAGUGUCACAUAGUUGUGCUCACAGACGAUGACGUGGUGGACUGGGACGAGGAGUACCCACCUCAGAUGGGAGAGGAGUAUUCACAAAUUAUCUACAGUACAAAACUCUAUCGUUUCUUCAAGUACAUUGAAAACCGUGAUGUAGCCAAAUCAGUUUUAAAAGAGCGAGGACUGAAGAAAAUUCGACUGGGUAUCGAAGAUUUGGUGGAACAGGAGAUUCACAUCAUGGAUGUGCAGGCAACAAAUCUGCAUCAACUGUGUGAUGAUAUCAUGUCAAUAUCAACCAAAAUCUUAGAGGAACGUUUGCAGUACCUUAAAUCUAUGCCAAGAAGAACAGUGGCAGUUCUGAAGGCAACCCAGCACUAG